AUGCCACAAUUUGUAAACUGUCCAUGGGAAGGUACUCAGCCGAAUUCAGCAAGUGGCACGGAUGAUGAAAAAUCUCCCUGCCCGAGCAUCUCUGCUAGCAGUGUCGACACCACGAGAACCCAUCCACGUGCAGUUGACCUGAUCGUCGAGGAAGCGGACGAAGACAUUAAUCGGCCAUGGGGCACCGUGGAGCGGACGUUCAAAGCCUUCUGCGGAACCAAGCCAGGCAUGGAUGGCAAAUCAUUUGCGAAGCUUUGCAAGGAUUCCUCCUUGCUGGACAAGAACCUCACCAAGACAGAUGUUGACAUUAUCUUUGCAAAAGCAUGCAAGAAAGGGCAUCGUCGGAUCGGGCUGGAGCAGUUCGAUGCUGCCCUGGAGAUGAUCGCAGAGAAGAAGACUUUGACGCUCGAAGAGGUGUGGCGCGCAGUCAGGUGUUGUGGUGGGCCCGUCCUCAACAGCACGAAAGCAGAAACAGUGCGGUUCUAUGAUGACAAGAGCCUCUACACUGGCACCCAUGCGCAGGGAGGGCCUGAUCCCGGUCGAAAGGGCAAGGGCACACUGACAUGGACUACAGCUCUACGUGACGAGCCGACGCAAGCGAACUCCACGCCGGUGCAUCUGCCAAACUCUCCAAGGGAUCCUGAGUACUUCCCGCCGUUGGAGCUGGAAAAACCUGAGAAACGACCUCGAUCCGUCAGCUUAAGCGAGAAAAAGAUUUCCCAGCAGCUGAGAGGCAAGGAUGGCACGGUGGAGGACACGUUCAAGGCAUACUGUGCCAACAAGCCUGACAUGGAUGGGAAGGGCUUCGUGAAGUUAUGCAAAGACUGUGAGCUGGUGGACGACAGCUUGACCUUGAUUGACGCCGAUCUGAUCUUUGCCAAGGUAGUGUCCAGAGGACACCGGCGGAUCAUCCUGCGUCAGUUUAAAGAAGCUCUCCGGCUGAUUGCUGAGAGAAAGGGCAUGGAUGAAGAUGAAAUUUGUCAGCGCGUCGCCGAGUCAGAAGGGGUGGUCCAUGAGGGAACCACUGCAAACUACGUGCGCUUCUUCGAUGACAAGAGCACAUACACGGGCACUCAUGUCUAUGGAGGUCCGGACAGCAGUGCCAGAACUAGCACCGACCAGUUCUGGAGCUCGAUGCUGCGUCCUGAUGAGGAGGACAGGCUCCCAGACAUGGUGGUGACCAAGAUAUGUGAGACUAGUCCGCAAGGAAGCAAAGCUAAAGCGACUCCGGCGCAGCCCAAGGCAAAGCCGCGUGCGCGGCUGGCGAUCACUGCCAAGAGCAAACCGCCGACUGGGGACAGCAACGACUUUACCAUGGUCUUCACCGAUGUGCAAGGCUCCACGUCACUGUGGGAAGCCAACCCUCGUGCGAUGGAAUGUGCCUUGCGGCUUCAUGAUGCAACCAUCAGACAAGUUCUCUUCAAGCAUAGCGGAUACGAGGUGACCACUGAGGGCGAUGCGUUUCAGAUAGCUUUCCAUGACACCGAAGACGCAGUGGCCUUCUGCUUGGACACACAGAGGGAACUCUUGCAAUGCGAUUGGCCGAGUGCUACGCUUUCGCAUCCCGAUGCGGCUGUCAGCAGUGACGGAGCUUGGCGCGGAUUGCGCGUGCGCAUGGGUCUGCACUCCGGCCGUCCAACCUCCGUGACGAAGCACGAGGUCACUGGACGAUGGAGAUAUGCAGGGCCAUCGGUUGCAAUGGCCAAGGCGAUAGAGGGUGUUUGUCAUGGUGGGCAGAUCAUUUUGUCCGCCAGCAGCUUCUACCUCAUUGAUGGUUUGCUGACUUCGCUUGGAAGUCCGCAGGUUGUUGACUUGGGAGAUCACAUAUUGGAAGGGCAUGGUCUCACGGAAGACUCUUCCCGAACUGGAUGUUCUGGCCGUGCCAGAAUGCAGCUAAUUCAACUUGUGCCCAACAGACUUGCCCACGACUGGUCUGGUGAGGAGCCAGAUGAGGGCCGCAAGUUUCCUCCAGUGAUCAGCGAGCAGCGUGUAUCCCCGGGAUUUGAGGAAUCUCCUGCUGGGACUUCUAUCACGCUUUGCUUCGUUUUCACCCAGGGUGCCCGCGAGUUGGUUGCGACUGCCCCAGGGCUGGCCGUGCAGUCGCUUGGGCUGCUGCGUGGAUAUUUGCGCGAAGUUCUGCGUCAUGCCGGAGAUGGUAGUGGCUAUGAAUGCCAGGAGGAUGAGGGCGCUUUCAUGUCCCUUGACUGA